AUGAGUGACCCGCAGGCGAGCGUUGGCAGCAGUGGGAGCAUCCCUGACCGACUCUUUCAGAUCUUCACCGCCACUCUGUCCGCCGACAAGGCCACGCGGCAAUCGGCCGAGGACGCGCUUGCUGUGUUGGCUGAUCAGGACCCGCACUUCAUUCUUCACCUCUUGGACCUCGCCUGCAGCUCCCCAACAGUGUGCGCUAAUACUUUCCAAACAGCGCUCUCGGCGACGGCGAGCACGCUGCUGGCGAGUGCCAUUCGCUUUCGAAACGAAGUCGGCCGCAGCGACUGGAAUCGAAACCCUCACUGCUCCGAUGAGGUGAGGCAACGCGUACGUGACCAUAUCGUGGCGCUGCAGUGUCAGCCCCACGUCUCGGAGACUGUGCGGCGUCAGCUGCUGGCGGCGACGAUUGAGGUGGUGAACGUCGACUACCCUCAGCGGUGGCCCGAGCUGCUGCAGCAACUAACAGGGCUCGUGAGUCAGAGCAUGACGGCGCUGCGCGGGCUGUUUGACCACAAUACGAGCUCUAGCCAGGAGGUUGAUGGGGACGUCAUCCAUUUAAUGCUGCUGCAGCUGAAGGGUUCCCUAGGUGUACUGCGGGGGUGCUGCAAGAUCUACGAGGACCCGUUGAGGGUGGAGGCCGACGAGGCGGACGGCUUCACCGGCCACCUUGCCCCGUUGCUCCUGUCUCUGAUGGAGCUGCUGUCGGGGCGGUGGCAGAAGGAGCUGACGGUUCUGGCGGGCCAUGGCGCCGCGGCUGUAGCCUCUAAUUCGGCCGUGGCGGCACCAUUCCGCUUCUCGGCGGAGCUGGAGGAGCUGGCGCACUGCAUGCGACUCUCCCUGAAGUGUAUCUUUUCUCUCUUUGCCAGUCGCUGGCCCGCUUGCUUGUGUGAGGUGUCGGCACUCGACCACCUUUACACUACCUGCGCAGUGACGCCGAUUCAAGCUUUUCAGCAGGUGGUUUUGCCGCUCUGCCAAGCGAGACUGGGGAACGCGCUGCACCACCCGGCCGAGGCGAACAUGUCGGUCACGCAGCUCCGCGGUGAUCACUUCUCUGACUUCCAGCAGUCCGCCAUGUUUACACUGCUCAAGUGGGUCAUGCACAUUGCCUACAAGCUCACCCAGGAGUUUGCGUCACCGAAGAGCUGCGAGCGACGUUGCCGCACGGUGGCGAAGCACUUUGCCUCCCAGUACCUGCAGCCCACCGUCGAGGCCGCCUUGAUGCUUGUGCGAUGGCACGCCGACCCGCCGCUGGCCCUAACUUCCAAAGCAUACAUCCUCGCGCUGGAGGUGCUGAUGCUCGCAACCCACCACAAAGCCGUAUACGCGAGCGUGCUGCACCCCAGCUCCGAAGAGCUCAUGACGGUGCUCCUCUUCCCCCGCCUCGCCUUCACGGCCGAGGACGAGGAGCUGUGGUACGACAACCCGGAGGAGUACGUGCGCAGGCAGCUGAACCCCGUCGGUGACUUGUACAGCGCCAAAGUGGUGUCGACGAGCCUCCUCAUGUCCCUUGCCGGCGGCACGAAGAAGUUCCACGACAAGAGCCUCUUCCUAUCUCUCAUGAACUUCUUGCUGAACCAGCUGCAAGCUUACGUCGGUGCGGCCGCGCAAGCGACGAGUGAUGACGCCGACGUCUAUACCCCCGCUAUGGAGGCGGCGCGCCGCAUCGAUGCCGUUCUUUACUGCUUCUACCACUUUAAGAAGGUCCUGCUAGCCAUGCACUUUGGUGACGACAAGCUGGAGUACAUCCUGUCGACCUUCGCGGUGCCGGUGACGCAGUACUCGCUUGGAUUCCUGCGCGCGCGUGCGGUUCUGGUCCUCAGUGCGUUUGCGCCGUCGCUCCAGUGGAGUGGUCCACCGGCAUACCAGCAUGCUCUUCAGCCAGUACUGCAUCUACUGAACGACAGCGAGGCACCGGUGCGUGUGCAGGCCUGUGUGUGCUUCUCGCGCCUCGUUUGUCACCCAUUCGCGCGCGACAUCAUCAGCCCUUGCAUUGCCGAGCUCAUCCAGCACUACUUCAAUGUGAUGCGGAUGAUGGACAACGAGGCGGUGGUGCGGACUCUCCGCAAGACCAUCUCGUUCUACAAGAACACGCUGUCCCAGUGGGCGCUGGAGCUGACGGAGAUGCUGGUGAACCACUUUGCUGUUGUGCUGGAGCGUGUAACGACCAAGUACAACGCGUUGGAGUCGUCUGCGCCGUCAACGGCGCAGACGACGGGUGGCGAUGGAAAAGACGAGCUGUUUCUCGACAACGACGACUUUGCAGAUGUGUUGAUGGCUGCCGACGAGCUUCUGGAGACGCUCACUACGCUUGUUAGAGCGCUUCCAGAGAGUGCGGCUACCGUGGUGGCGCGCCAGGCUGCCGCUGAUCUAUUGGCACCUGUACCUGGCGCAUCGUCCUCCUCACCAUCUGCGGCGGCCCCACGCCUGUCGCCCGAGGUGCUCCAGCAGGACAUCUUUGUGCAAACGCAGCUGCGUGUUGCCCCGAUGCUGUUUGUGAUCCUUGGCCACCAAGGCGGCAGCUCCUACGGCUUCCUGGACCCCGCCCUGUCGCUUCUCACCACCCUCAUCGCGCGCAGUCCAGCCAUCGCGCCGUCCAUGUGGAGAGUACUGUGGUGCUUCUACCAGCUGAUCAUCCGAGGCGGCGCUGUCGACUACAUCCAGCAGCUGCUCCCUCCGAUCGACAACUUCAUCUCCGUCGAGCCGGUCUCCUUCCUGUAUGGCACACUAGCGGAGCUGUCGCGCGAGCCGUUGCCAGCAGCCGUGCCGGCGGAGGAGGCAGCCAAGACGCCGGCGCAGCUGGUCUUAGCCAUGUGCGAAGCGGUGCUGGCGAGCACGACGCUACGGGAGCGCGAAGUGGCUGCAGUGCCGAAGUUGUUCGACGCGCUUGUGCAGUACAGCUGGGCAGCCUCGGCAGCGGCGGCAAUGACUACUGCAUCCGCAGAGACGGCCCAUGUAUUGGUGCAGUACGUGACGCAGCAGGCCUUAACGACCGCCGGCACACGGCCGCAGCAGAGCGCGACGUUUCGCGUGUUGCUCGCCAACAACAUCUUCUCCUGCCUUAUCGCCGAUGCGCCUGCUACGGUGGCGGUGCUGCACAGGCUGCAGGUAACACGCACGUUUCUGGAGCAGUACGUGUCGUUGUUGGCGCUGAGUGUAUCGAUUGACAGCACCGAGGAGGCCGUUCUGGGUCUCCUGCGCAGUUAUGAUCGCAGCCUCUUCGUGUACGCCAUCGUUGCGUGCCUGCGCGCGCUUGCGGCGAACACGGUUGACGCCGGCGCGGCAGAGCUGCAGUCUGGCCUGGAGGGUGUCGUGCAGUGCGGUGUGCUGCAGCAGCUGGCCGAAAUGGAGACGGCGAGCGGCACGGCAGAGCUGCGCGUGCAUCAGCGACGCAUUGUGAAGCUGUCGGGAAAGACGGAGACGGCUACACACGCCAGCGAAGGCCACGCAGCGGGGGAGGGGGAAGAUGAGGAGGAGUGGGACAGCGAGUGCAGCAGCAAAGAGGACGACGACGGCGAGUGGCUGCAGGAUGGUGAUGACGACGACGAGGACGACGGCAGCGAGUGGGACGACAGCGACGGCGCUGAGGGCUUUCUGGGUAAUGAAAGCGUUGGCCGUGUAGUGAGCGGGGACAGUCGCUUGCAGGGUAUGCUGCACCAGGCUCAGGCGCUUCGCCACUCGCAGCAGCAGGGACACAGUAAGAAAACAGCCGCCGACGGCUCCGACCUGGACGACUUUGAGGAGGACAACCUACUCGACGACGAGGACUUCACCAGUCCAGUAGACGGCAUCAACGUGUGGGCGGCCCUGGUCUCGGAGGUGGAGCGAACCGACGUGGCGGCGGGUGGCAGCGUCUCCGUGGUGGCGCUGCUGCGCAGCCCCGCUGGCCAGGCGCAAGCUAGCUCUAUCGUCUGCGCACGUGACCUCGUGUCCGAGCUGCAGGUGGCCCGACAAGCUCACCGGGCACUCCUCGAUGGAGCGAAGCACUAG